AUGGCAACCAACCCAACCGCCGCCGAGAUCGAAGGUGGCCCUAUCUUCAAAGAGUCUGCCUUUAGCUCAUUCCUGUCAUACCCUGACUUUUCCGAGCCGCGCAUUGACAUCCGACUCACGAUCAAGCGAAAUGAGGAUGGUGUCCCAAGUGCUGAGUGUCCAGCGAAUGCAACCUUUCGCAUUUUCAAUAACCAGAUCCAGUGGUAUUGGCCUGUUCAAUCAGACUCACACAUACGGCAAUCAAACCCACAAAGCGCGGGCUAUUCGUGA